AUGGAACUGAUGAACUCCGAGGCAAAACCGAAAUCGGCAUCGAAUUUGCAAAAAGAGGAGCUCGUGCUGAUAUUCGAAGAAUAUCAACAAAAGGGCAAGCUGGAAAACCUGGACGACAGCAAGGAACGUCAAAAGUUUUGGAUGGAGGCGACACAACGGUUGAACAAGAUCGAAGGUGGUACGGUUAAAUCAUGCUCGAAAUGGGUAAAAUAUUGGGCGGACGUGCUCAUAAACCUGCGUCGGAAAUGUCGGCUAGUGGUGGAGGGCCGGUCCAAGCGGAUCGGGCCCACACCGUUCGAGGUACGCAUUAUGCGCGUGGGCAACCUGUACGACGUGCUAGAACAGUGGACAAAGGCGGUGGAAAAUGGUGGCGAGAUGAGCACGAUGCAGAGCGUCGAAGAGGAGUACUAUCCGGAGGACACCGGUGUGCAAAAGGAAGAAAUAGUGGUGGAAAACUAUUCGGAAGAUCCGCUGGACGAAGAGUUUGUGGCCACGUUUGCCAAACCGGUCGAAGAGACCGCCCAACAAAGUAUCACCACGCAGUUGCACAUACGAAAACAUUCGGGCGAAGUGUACAAGCCACUGGUCAAUCCGCCCCAGACGGAGUACGUCGAGCUGACGACCCUGCAUAAUGCAACGAGCGAGUUCUUACGACCCAAGGGUACCGUCACCAUAGGGCAACCACAGGCCCGGCUGAAGGAGAAUCUGAAACGCACUACCGAGAAGUUGGAAACCGUGAUGAAGAAGCGGAAAAUUGAUGACUCCCAGUUUGCCAUUGCCCAGGCGCUCACGAACAUGUCCUCCGCCAUACUGGCCCUGUCGAACAGUCUCAACGAUUUGGCACACGCACUCAUGAACGGCACCAUGCAGUGA